CUUUUAGGGCAGCCGAGAGAACAAUCAACUUUCGUACAAUUCGAAUUUGGAACCUAGGUUUCUGGUACGUCUUACAAGGCAGAGAAGCGACUGAGAAUCCGGGGGAAAAUGGACGAGAACUAUCAGAGUUAUCUUGCGGCCCAAUUCAGCGCCUUGCCCGGUCCGUCAGAACCAUCUCCGCGAAUUAAAGGAGGCCUAGGCACCGAGGCAGAUAUGGACUUCUUCCUUGAAGCGUUAAGCCGACUUCCUGGGGACAGAUGCCAGUCUCUCCGACUCCACGACGUGCUUCGCAAGGAGGCGGUCAAGAAAAAUGGAAAAAAGAAGGACGAAACUACCGAGAACCUGCUCUUUCCCCCGAGCGUCAUAGACAGGAUACUUGUCGAAAAGGAGAUCAGGAGCAUAGUGACAUGUGUCUGUAUCGUCUGUCGAUCAGUGAAGGGCAGAGAGCGCUUAGCCGAUGAUGUUUUAGUUGAAGCCGUGACAGCUGGGGAUGGACAUGAGCAGCGAAAAUUAUUCGCGCUUCUGGUCUUUAUGGGGGCAGGAUUUGCAGCACGGCACAUUUGCUCCUUUCCACCGCGAGGAUGGGAUCUAAGUAGUCGAGAGUCGUCUAUACAAUCCCAGUUAUUCGAACCUUUGGACCGAGUCUCGACAGAUAUUUUUUCAAGCCCAGAAAAGGCAACUCGAAUUUUCACAUCGGUGUUCAAGCAGACAUGGCAAGUUUUCGAUGCGCCAACAAUGCAAAUUGGAAGUCUCAUAACAAACUUGGAUGGCGCCAAUCUUCCGUUUAUCAAUGAAGCGCCAUUGAAAGGUGACAAGGGCGCAUUCGGCUCUCUAUAUUCCUUUGAGAUCCACCCCGAAUUCAGUGGAUAUAACGUCCCAGCACUUGCGGUUCGCAAAGAAUUACCAGAUGUUGAAUCAACCUUGGAAGAAAGACGCAUCUUGGAAUUCCUAGCCAAAUCUGGCAAACCAAAUUUCGUACAACUUUUGUUCUGGUAUCGCAGCGCUGAAAAGAUCAAUUACGUUUUCCCUUUGUAUCCGGGGAGCUUGCAGCAAGCCAUGGAAGGUCAAUUCCACUCCCAAAUCAACCCCUCAAGACCCAGCAAAUACAGAUCAGUAUUACAACAUUGGAUGUGGCAAGGCAUCGUUGAUGUGAUUGCAGCUUUGAAAGUUUUCCAUUUUCCGGAUGAAGCGAUCCUGCGAAAACAGUUGAUUGCAGCACAUUUUGACUUGAAGCCUGCAAAUAUUCUGGUAACUGGCAAUGGUACGCUUCUCUUGACCGAUUUCGGCCAAGCUCGGAUGAAAACGUUCAACCCGCUGGGGGGUUCAUCGUUAACGGCACAGAUUGGGGAUGCCAAUUACCAACCACCACCCAUGGUACUUCCACAGAACCCUAUUCCACAUCCUACAGGCUUAAUGACCAGCCAUACAAAAGAUGUUGAUCUGAGGUGGAGCCGUGCAUAUGAUGUAUGGUCUAUGGCAUGCAUCAUGACUGAGGUUAUUGAAUAUAUAAUCAACGGAUCGGCAGGGUUCCAGUCAUUUAGACAACAACGUAUCAACGAAGAUCAAUCUAGUGCCGCCUUUUGGAAGCGAAGAGAGCAUGUUCUGCAUAAAUCCUUUACAACGACCUCCAAUCGCGGAUUGUCUGGCUAUUAUUUCUGAAGACAUUCCCACAGACGAAUGGCCUUUGAAGGAUGAAGACGAGGUAUCAAUAUGUGGACUUGGCACGAAUCCACAACUAAGAAACUGGCACACACAACUUGUC